AUGCGUGCUUCCAUCAUCCUCGCAAGCCUAUGUGCGCUGGCCUCUGCUGCCAUCAGUCCUUUACAGAUCAACGGCACCAAGUUCUUCACAUCCAACGACGGAAAGCAGUUCUACUUCAAAGGUGUCGCCUACCAACCCCUCAGCGCGAGUGGCCAGCUGCGCAAUGAACAGACAGGGUCCACCAUUGACGACCCGCUCGCCAACCCUGCAGGCUGUGCACAGGAUGUCAAAUUCCUCACUGACCUCGGCGCCAAUGCCAUUCGUGUCUAUCGCGUCAAUGCAACUCUGAACCACGAUGAAUGCAUGCAGACUUUUGCAGACGCAGGCAUCUACCUCAUCCUGGACCUUGAAACACCAGAUACCACUGUCAAGUCAGACUCACCCACAUGGACUGUUGCUCAGUAUAACGAUUUCAUUGUCAACCUCGAUGCUUUCCGCAAGUACCCUAACACAGCUGCCUUUUUCAUUGGUAAUGAAGUGGUUGACACGGCCAACCGCACUGUGGCUGCACCAUUCGUCAAGGCAGCUGCACGGGAUAUGCGCGCAUACCAACAAAGCACAUCAGGUCGCUACAUCCCCAUUGGCUAUGCAACAGCAGACGUCAAGGACCUCCAGAUUCAGCUUGCCGAGUACCUCUCCUGUGGCAAACCCUCUGAUGGUAUUGACUUUUAUGGUCUGAACGUGUACCGAUGGUGUGGACAAAGCUCUUAUACUCAAUCUGGCUAUGAUGUGAUUGAGAGCCAGUACAAAGCACUCGGACGUCCCUUCAUUCUCUCUGAAACAGGUUGCAACAUUCCUGUUGGCCAAACCCGUACAUUCGGCGAGUUGGAGCCUGUCUAUGGUAUCAUGGCUGAUGUCGUGUCUGGCGCCAUCAUUUAUGAGUACAACCAGGAAGAUAACAUGUAUGGUCUCGUGACGACUGCUUCUGUUGGUGCUACGCCAACCCCAUUGCCAGACUAUGCCGUUCUCAAGAAGCAAUGGCAAAGUAUCUCGCCUCCCAUCACGAUGCUGAGCGACUAUCAAGCACCCGGCACCAGCACUAUCGCUUGUCCACCUGCCACCUCUGGCUUCGUUGCUGCUACCAACUUGCCUCCGACACCUGAUUCAGCAUUCUGCGCAUGUGCCGUCAAGAACGCCAAGUGCUCCACCGGUGGCACAUUGGCCGACAAGGAUAUUGCCAAAGCAUUCGGUACAGUCUGUGGCUUGAAUGGUGGUACUGCCUGCAGUGUUGUGACGGCCAACGGAUCUUCCCCUGGUACCUAUGGUGAUUACUCCUUCUGCAGUGGACAGCAACAAUUGGCAUUGGUGUACAACAACUACUAUGCCCUUCAGAAAUCCGCUUCCGAUGCUUGUGGCUUCCCUGGUGCAACACUGGUGGGCAGCCCAGCGAAUGCUAAAUGCACCCAUGCACCACUCGCUGCGCUUGCACAAUCUGGUAGUGCUUCCGGCUCAGGUGGCUCGUCGAGUGCUGGUGGAUCCACGACGAGUUCGGGUGCGAAGUCUGCUAGUAUCUCUGAUGUCCGGCCACUUGGUCUCUUGUCGGUGGGACUCGGUGCAGUGAUUAUGGCUGUAUCGUUGUUUGUUGUUGCCUGA